UUGGCUUUCCCAUGCUAUUAACUAUCCCUCUCCCACCCAAAUAUACUCCUAAUUACUCCUACUAACAACACUUCACUAACCCAUUUCAAAUUUGAAUGCCGUUUUUUUUCUUUCCCUCUCUCUCUCUCUCUCUCACACACACUUUCUCUCUCCUCCAUUUUCUCCCGCUUUGACCGCCUCGACGACGACGUCCCCUACUAUUGACCCAUAUUCAAUUCCCAUAACUUGCACACCCCUAAAAGAUAACUACAACUAAAUCAUUUUUAUUUCCUUCAUUGACCCAUAAUUACUUCAUCAAACACUCUCUAAAAAUAUCAUGAAUAAGCUCCGGAAACAAUGUUCUGAUCUUGAAACCGAUCAAUCUAGCAACACUAGUCUCCAAGAUCUAAGCUUUAAAACUAGUCUUAAUGUGAGUGCAAGUCCAUCUAGUAGUACUACUGCUUCUGGGUCUGAUUUUGGUGGGUUUACAAAAACAAAUAUUGGGUCAUUACUCGAAAAUGAAGAGAUUGAGAAAAUAGCUGAUUUGAGUUUGAGUUCAGUGAGUAGUAAUAACGAUGAUUCAGGUGGUAGUUUUAGGAGUAGUUGUCUUAGUAAGCCUCAUAAAGGGAAUGAUAUCAGAUGGGAAGCAAUAAAGUACGUAAAAGGAGAAGAUGGUGAAUUGGGUUUAUCUCAUUUUAGGUUAUUGAAGAAGUUGGGUUUUGGAGAUAUUGGAAGUGUUUAUUUGGCUGAACUUAGAGGAAUGGGUUGUUUGUUUGCUAUGAAAGUUAUGGAUAAAGGGAUGUUAGAAAGUAGAAAGAAGUUGUUGAGAGCUCAGACUGAGAGAGAGAUUUUGGGUUUGUUGGAUCAUCCUUUUCUUCCUACUCUUUACUCACAUUUUGAAACUAACAAGUUUGCUUGCUUGUUAAUGGAGUUUUGUAAUGGUGGAGAUCUUCAUAUUCUUCGUCAACGUCAACCUAAUAAGCACUUUUCUGAGCAGGCUGCAAGGUUUUAUGCAUCUGAAGUGCUUCUUGCUCUUGAAUACCUACACAUGAUGGGUGUAGUCUAUAGGGACUUAAAACCCGAAAAUGUAUUGGUUAGGGAAGACGGACAUAUCAUGCUCUCAGAUUUUGACCUGUCUUUAAGGUGCUGUGUAAAUCCGACUCUUGUGAAGGCAAACAAUAAGCCAAACUGUACAAACAGUUCAUACUGCAUUGAACCAAGAUGCAUUGAUCCAGCGUGCAAACUACCUGUAUGCGUGGAACCCUCCUGCUUACAACCUACUUGUUUCAAGCCCACCCUUUUCAACUCAAAGUCUACAAAGAGUAAAAGCAAAAGGCUGACCAUCACAAGCCCGGAUUCACUCCCAAUGCUGAUAGCAGAACCUACUAAUGCACGUUCAAUGUCAUUCGUUGGGACACAUGAAUACUUAUCUCCUGAAAUAAUAAGAGGAGAUGGACAUGGAAGUGCUGUGGAUUGGUGGACAUUUGGUAUUUUCUUGUAUGAAUUACUCCAUGGAAAAACACCAUUUAAAGGUAAUGGAAACAGAGAAACAUUAUUCAAUGUAGUUGGUCAGCCAUUAAAGUUUCCUGAAGGUUCACCAGCUAGUUUUGCAGCUAAAGAUUUGAUAAGAGGUUUGUUGGUUAAAGAUCCCCAAAAGAGAUUUGGUUACAAAAGAGGUGCAACUGAGAUCAAACAACACCCGUUUUUUGAGAGUGUAAAUUGGGCUCUUAUUCGAAGUAGUAUUCCACCAGAAAUACCAAAACCAAUAGACUUAACAGUGUUAAAUCAGAAUGACAGUCACACAUGUAAGGCAUCACAGCAAGUUCCUAAUGAUAAACAAACAGCAGCUUCAGAUUCAGAUAGGUCUUCUGGUCCUUACUUGGAUUUUGAAUUCUUUUAAUUUUGUCAGUGUUAGUGUAUGUUUAACUUAAAUUAGGAUAGUCUUUGAUUAGUUAGGAAUUAGGAUAGGGAGUAUAAUUAAAUGCCAUUUGUGUAUCCAUUGUUGAUUUUUGUUUUUUGUUUAAUGAAUGAAAUGAGAUGGGAUGUUUUCUGGAAAUCAUGUGCUAAAAAAAGAAACCUGAGUGUCAUUCCUUUCAGCUACUGUGGAUAGUAGUAGUACUUCUUCCGUUCCAUAAUACUUGUUACUGAGUUUUCAUAAUACUUGUUACCGAGAUGUUGUGUGGAGCAAGUAGUACGUAUCAAAGGAAAAGAGCACAGAGAAAGAUGCUU